AUAAUAGAAGACAUAAGAGGAGGGUACUGUCUGCUUGAAACUUGAUUGCCCUCCAGAAAGGGGUGCUGUUUGCAUGAGUUGAGCUACUUCUUCCACUGGAGAGAGAAUUGAAGGCUGGGAGACUCAGCCUUCAUCAUGUGGAACACCUCUGACGCCAACUUCUCCUGCUACCAUGAGUCUGUGCUGGGAUAUCGUUACAUUGCGGUUAGCUGGGGAAUAGUGGUGGCUGUAACAGGCACCGUGGGCAACGUGCUCACACUGCUGGCCUUGGCCAUCCAGCCCAAGCUCCGCACCCGCUUCAACUUGCUCAUUGCCAACCUCACACUGGCUGAUCUGCUCUACUGCACCUUGCUCCAGCCCUUCUCAGUGGACACCUACCUCCAUCUGCACUGGCGCACUGGUGCCACCUUUUGCAGGGUUUUUGGGCUCCUCCUCUUUGCUUCCAACUCUGUCUCCAUCCUCACCCUCUGCCUCAUUGCACUGGGGCGUUACCUCCUGAUCGCCCAUCCUAAGCUCUUUCCCCGAGUUUUCAGUGCCAAGGGGGUAGUGCUGGCACUGGUGGGUACUUGGGUAGUAGCUGUGGCCAGUUUCGCCCCACUCUGGCGUAUCUACAUCUUGGUACCUGUAGUCUGCACCUGCAGCUUUGACCGCAUCCGAGGCAGGCCCUACACCACCAUCCUCAUGGGCAUCUACUUUGUGCUUGGACUCAGUAGUGUUGGCAUUUUCUAUUGCCUCAUCCACCGCCAAGUGAAGCGAGCAGCGCAGGCACUGGACCGGUACAAGCUGCACCAGGCAAGUGUCCGCUCCAACCAUGUGGCUGGGGUAGAUGAAGCCAUGCCUGGUCAUUUCCAGGAGCUGGACAGUGGCCUGGCAUCAGGAGGGCCCAGCGAGGGGAUUUCAUCUGAGCCAGUCAGUGCUGCCACCACCCAGACCCUGGAGGGGGGCUCAUCUGAAGUGGGGGACCAGGGCAACAGCAAGGUAGCUAAGCAAAUGGAAGAGAAAAGUCCUCCAGAAGCACCUGUCAAAGCCAGGCCAACCAAAGGAGCCCCAAAAGCCCAGGACUCCUCAUCAGAGUUUGGGAAGGUGACUCGGAUGUGUUUUGCUGUGUUUCUCUGCUUUGCCCUGAGCUACAUCCCCUUCUUGCUGCUCAACAUCCUGGAUGCCAGGGUCCAGGCUCCCCGGGUUGUCCACAUGCUUGCUGCUAACCUCACCUGGCUCAAUGGGUGCAUCAACCCUGUGCUCUAUGCAGCCAUGAACCGCCAGUUCCGCCAAGCAUAUGGUUCCGUCCUAAGACGAGGGUCCCAAAGUUUCCACAGGCUCCGUUAGCACUGUACCCCCAGCCACAAGAAUCCAGGACUAUCCAUUCCAGAACCAAAGUGGCCAGCUGGCAUGGGAGUAGGUGGAAAUAAGACUUGUGGACUUCAAAGAUCAUCCUUCUCAUAAAGGCCAGGUCUCUCCAUGAUUGUUUAAGCCCUAGGCUGCCCAAAGAGCAAAUUAUUAAUAAAUUAAUUCUUGGCUUUUAAUGCUCAGAUGUGGUCUCUGGGAAAGAAAGAAAUAGGCCAGGCUUGGUUUGCAGCCGGAAUCUAAUAGCUGAGAAUGUGGGGGUGGGGGGGUUGCCAGAGCAGGCCGGGGCAGGAAGCAGCUGUCCUGGGACAUAGCCUUCUGCUGAGGGGUUUCCAGGUAAAAAACACACCAGCUAGUUAGAGAGGAUUAGCCAGCCUUUUUGUUUAACUCCUCAGAAAUGGCCCCUUAACUACGGCUGUCAGCAUCCCCUAUCCCCACAAACAGGUUGAUUCAGCUCAAAAAGUUUGUAAUCCAGCUUUGACGUUCACUCCAGUAGCCCAGCCCCCUGACCCUUGCCCUAACCCAAUGGAAUGGUCAUGGAGGAGGGCUCAGUGGAAAUGGAACUAAGCUUAGCUGGGGAAAUGGCAGACAGGGGUUCCAGUUGCCUAAGUAGGGUCACGCUGGUCAGAGCAGAUUCCCCCAGGCUCGGGCCCAGGCCCUCAAUUCCCCCAGACCUGCUGCUGUCAUCCUAGUUUGUGAAAGCAAAAGAGCGGAGGCUCCAGUUAAGAGGACUCAGGGGCCAGGCUGGGGAAAGACUAUACCAGAGAAGUUCCUUUCCUCCAGCCAGACUAACAACCAGUCACCUGUGUGCUCGCGCACUUGCAUCCUAAAAAAGCACCUGUGGCCACCAGAUGACGCUGGUUCUCUGUGUUUUCUCUCUGGCUUCCCGAUUGAGAACUGAAGGUGCCAGCUGGACUAGGAGUCCAAAGACCCUUAACCAGCAGAGGUGGAUACCCAGAGAUAUCUGCACUCUCCCUUUUCCCCCAAAGCUUAGGAAGAAACAUGAAGAAUGAGACAUUUAUUAUUCAUGAGAUAUUUAUUGUCUACUUGAUGGGGGUGUGGGGGAAGAUGUGGCAAGUGGGGAGCAGAAAGGGAGUGUGGGCACUGUGCUGGCCUUGGAGGUGGAGUGUGAGAGUCACGCUGACAUGAACACUCUGCACACUGUUCCCUCCCCACCCCUCAAGUCCAUGGUUUUAGAGAACAAAGUGGAGUCCAGAGAGAUUCAGACAAGGGCAGAAACAAUCAUAGCCAGGUGGACAAAUCGAUACCCUCACAA